CAGAACAAGUUGGAUGUCAGACACACGCGUGCGCUCAUGUGGCCGGCAGGCUGCGCACUUCGGGAGGGGUGUGUGGUUUUAGCAUCAGGACUGGGUCAGAAAGUGAAACAUUGCCAGCCAGUGGCGUUCCCACUUUUUACAGCAACACACGUACAGAGCGCUGUGUGUGUAUGUGCGUGCUCCGCCAAAUACCGGGAAUCAUGACGAAUAAGCAACUGCGAAGUGAUGGAAUGAACCGUUGUUCCUUAUCAUAAAGUUUCUCGUCAAUCUCUGUGUCGUCUGAAUACUUUUAAGAGAGUGAGAACAAGCAGGAAAACAACAUUUUCUUGUUCUUAAGUUCGAGGGAAAAAAGUGAAUUUACAAAAAAAAGAAUCAACCAACUCCUUCGCGCUUUCCAUGAAGGAGUGAGUGGACGAAGGAGUCGCCUGUUCCCCUUUAGAUAUAAAGGAGAGCGGGGUGGGGAGGGGGCGGAGGACAGUCUCGGAGAGACAAGCCAGGGGAGGUGGGCGAGUCAGAGACGCCCAGCCCGGGGCAAGGGGGCAGCGAGAGUCUGAGGCGGCCUGUGACAUGGCGGCGGCGGCUGGAACAGGAGGGGUCAGCACCCUGCCCACACUCUCUGAUGCCGGCAGCAGCCCCUUCCCGCCCGGAUCCUUCAAGGAGCCCAAAAGACUUUACUGUAAAAACGGGGGCUACUUCCUGAGGAUCUUGCCGGAUGGCAGGGUGGACGGAACCCGUGAGAAGAAUGAUGGAAACAUUAAACUACAACUACAGGCAGAAGCUAUUGGAGUAAUAUCAAUCAAGGGAAUCUGUGCGAACCGUUUUCUUGCUAUGAAUGAAGAUGGCAAGUUGUAUGGCUCGAAAUUGCCAACAGAUGAAUGUUUCUUCCAUGAAAGAUUGGAGCCAAAUAACUACAAUACAUAUCGUUCAAAGAAAUAUGAAAGUUGGUAUGUUGCUCUCAAAAGAACUGGACAGUACAAACCCGGACCAAAAACUGGACCAGGACAGAAAGCAAUUCUAUUUCUGCCGAUGUCUGCAAAGUGCUCAUAGUCUUUUCCAGCUGUUCCCAAUUUAUUUAAAAAUGGCAAUUUUGCAAACACAAAACUGACAUGACUGUUUUAUUGCUGUGAAAGGCACCAGUGUACACAGUAUCUUGUCGCCAUGCUCUCAAGUUGUUUUGGCGGUUUUACAAACUGC